AUGACAACCUUCAUCCCCGCCCUGACGCUGCCCCACCAGAUAUUCGAGAAUGCCGCGGCCUCGAUCCUGCUCCCCAUAGCUCUGGGAACGGCCGUCGGCUACUCGUCGCGACCCAAGGAAACCCAAAAGACAUACGCCGCCAUCAAGAACCCGCCCCUGCGCCCACCGCCGUACGUCUUCGGCCCCGUAUGGACUCUCCUUUACGGCAUGAUGGGUUACGCCGCCUACCGCGCCAUCCACAACGGCCUCUCCCCGUUCUCCACGAUUGAGCAGAUCAACAUGACCAAGCAGGGCGCGACGCUCUACACCAUCCAGCUCGGCCUCAACCUCAUCUGGAUGCCUCUCUUCUUCGUCUGGAAGCGCCCCAUCGAGGCCACCGUCGACAUCGUCGCCCUCCUCGGUGUCAACUCGUACCUGACCUACCUCUGGGGUUCCGUUGACCGCGUCGCCGGAGGCUUGCUCGUCCCCUACCUCGGCUGGCUCGGCUUCGCGACCUACCUCUGUGCUGGUGCUGGAUACCUCAACAACUGGGAUCUGAAGGGUGCCGAGGAGAAAGCCGCCGCCGGCAAGAAGCAGUAA